CUUCUUUCCGCCUCUGACAAUUGCGAAGUCAAAAUGGCAGUACGAUAUGAACUCUGCAUCGGUCUCAAUAAGGGACACAAAACAACAAAGGUGAAGAAUGUAAAAUACACUGGCGACAAGAAAGUCAAAGGUUUACGUGGUUCUCGUUUGAAAAAUAUUCAAACUCGCCAUACUAAAUUUAUGCGCGAUUUGGUGCGUGAGGUGGUAGGACACGCUCCUUAUGAAAAGAGGACAAUGGAAUUGUUGAAAGUGUCCAAAGAUAAGCGCGCUUUGAAAUUUUUAAAACGCCGCCUUGGCACACACAUCCGCGCUAAGAGAAAGCGUGAGGAAUUAUCUAACAUUCUUACGCAGAUGAGAAAGGCUCAAACUCAUGCUAAAUAAACAAGCACACGUAUUCCUUCAACCAUAA